AUGAGGGAACAGCAAAGUCUACAAAGUGCGUGUAUGGAACGGGAGGUUAAUGUGAUGCCAUCCCUCUUUGCUCAGACACAUAUUCAGCUUUAAACUAAGCAGUAUGUGAGGCUUAUAAAACAUGAUGCUUAUAUUAUAGUGAUGUUUUAUGCUGCUGAUACUUCAAGUAAUUGCCCCACAUCAAUCCCAAAUACAUUUACAACUGAUUCUUAAAAUCUCUUUAAUGUAGAUGUAUCAAAGAAGCUACUGAUCAUAGUAGCUUUGAUAAAACUGAUAAUAAGUACAUAUUAUAAACUAAUGCGGAUUGUGCUUGUAUAAACAUUACAACUUCAGGUAGUUGGGAUACUUAAACUGAUGCAACUUCAAAUGCAUAUAAAGCUGCUUAUUGUUUAGCUCAAUCAUAUAAAAAUAGAACUAAAUUCUGUAAAUAUACGGCUGCAACUUCCACUACAGUUUGUAGUGAUGCAACAUGUGAAGAUAUCCCUUCACCAACUAUAUAAGGAGAUUGUGAUAAUUAUCUAUCUGGCUGCAGCUUCUAUAAAAAUAAAUGUUAUAUACCAGAAACAGUAUCAGCCGAUGCUGAUUGUGCUGAUAAUGCUAAAGCACCUAUGGACACAAGAUUGACGGUAAAAUAUAAGGUAGCAUAUUAAUCUUAUUGAAAUUCUGGCAAAACAAUAUAUUUUACAUAUGAUUAAUAUAAUUCAGCUUCAGCUUAAUGUGUCGGUGGUGGUACUUGUGCUCCAUAUACGGUAAUACCAACAACUAAUGAUACGGAUAAGUCAACAUAUUGUUUAAGCAGAAUAAAUAAUACUGGAUAAAGAUGUGCAUUCACAAUUGCAAAUGCGAAAUGCAGAGGCUUUGAUUGCUAAGAUUUAUAAAAUAAAUCCUCUUAAGUCAAUUGCGAUUUAAGAGCACCAGGAAAAAAAUGUGUUUACAUCUUAAGCACAUGCUAUAAUAAGGAAGAAGCAUGUAUAACAAUCACUUCUUAAAGUUGAAAUGAGAAGAGCUAUUGUGAUAAAGCCAGUGGUGCCACUUCAUGUACUUACAUUUCAGGAACAACAUGCGAUAUUUAAAAAGAUUGUUAUAUUUAUAGUGUAACUACAAAUUAAGCCACUGUUUGUGACUGAUGCAAGUGAAACUAAGUGAACUUAUUUUGAGGAAAUAAUUGUGUUGAAGCGGGUACUUGCGCUUCAUAUGAUGGAAAUACUACAGCAGUAAAAGGACCUCUAGCUGAUUAAGAGGAUACAGUUAAAUCAAACGCCAGUUAUCCAUAUAUUAAAGAUACUUCUGCUUCUAAGAAAUGCAUAGCAUAAGUUUUUACUGACAAUGAUAUCAGUGCUAUGAGUGUGUUGAUAAUGCCACCAACUGUCUCUAUUAUUCUAACGAAUAUAUUAACAAGGAAUACACUAUAAGGUAGUGAUAAUACAGCUAAAUAAACAUGGUGUGAAGAAAUUUGAAUUAAUCAGGAGAUUAUUGUGUUUGGGAUGCAAAAAGUUCAAAAUGUUAAGAAAGAACAAGCAGUUAUAAGUAAUUCUAUACAGAUUUUGAUUGCUGCAUAUAUAAAUAAACAUUUUAUGAUAAUUUUACAGCUCAAUCUGAUUAUGAAUGUGAAUUUUAUUUCUCUGUGUCUUUGAUGGAACUUCAUGUAUUGAUUAUGGAUAGAAUUGUAAUACAUUCAAUGGAACUGAAGAGACAUGCUCACAUAUUUGGCUAAAGAUGGCCCGUACAAAGCCACUACAGUUGGAACGAUAAAAGGAGCAAGCGCUGAGAGAGUAUUUACAGAAGCACCAAAUAAUCUUACAACUGAUGCAGAUUGCUAGAAAUAUAAGAAUAUUGUUAAACAACCGAUUAAGGAUGCUCAAAUAUCAAGAAUGUGA